GUAUUGCUGGCUUGAGAAGAUCUCGAAGUAUUGACACUAUGGAUUCAGCUAUCAAUGAUCUGCAGAAGCGUCUUGGAGAUGCCGUAUCAGAUACCUUGAGUGUCGUGGAAAGGGAUGGACUGCGUCGUCUGCAGACCGAUAUGUACAAGUGCAGUGCACGGUGUUCCGAGGAUACUAGCAUUCCAUCAGAGCGCGUGCAGACCUGCAUUGAAGGCUGCGGUCGCGUUCUGCAGAAUUUCCACGAGGAGGUGUCUCGCGAGCUUGAAACAUUCCAGAACCGAUUUCAGCGAUGCGCAAUGGACUGCCAGGAUAAGGUCCGUGAUGCUGGCAGUCUACCGUCAGACUCAGAAUUCCAGAACAAAGUGCUUACGUGCCUGACAAAGUGCACAGACGAUCACAUCAAGCUUGUUGGGCCAAUGGGCAAGCGCCUGGAAACUUCCAUGAACAAAGCAGUCCGGGAAAAACUGCCACACUAACUUAUUUUUCUUCAUGUUUAGUUCAAACUACUUGUCACAUUGACUUGGAAGCAAACCUGGUUGUUUUUGCUCCAUUGUUCCUAGGCCUGUUAUUUUUCAAACAUACUUCUCUGAGUAUCUUUAACUACUUUAAUACCUCAUGAAAUCAUUAGUUUGUGUCAUGGAAUUGUAUCAAUUCGAUGUGUUUCCUGGUUUGUACUGGAAAUUAUCAUGUAUCCUGAA